AUGAAGAAGAAUUCUUCUGUUGUCUUUUAUCUUAUUCUAAAUCUGUUUGGAGUGUUCACUCUGGGGCUAACGAAGACACUAACAGAAAAUGAGGUGAAAGAACACUUUUCAGAUUUUCUUUUCUUAAAUAAUUCACAAAAGUUUUGUGAAGGGGAAAGUAUUAUUCUAGCUCCCAGCACGGAAAAACUUCUCAACUUGAGCAAAGUUCUAGAUAUAUGUGCAUCCAAGGAAAAAUGUGAUUUUGUUUCUUAUUCUCCAAAGCGGAUUUUAAGAAAUUCCAUUUUUUACGAAGAUGAGAAGGAGCUAAAGAUUACAGGGGCUAACUGGGUUUGUUCAGGAAACAAAUGGGUUUUCUCUCGCCCAAGGAAGUAUUGGAUUGUUGCUAUUAAGGGAGAUCACAUAAAAGAGGAAAUGAAGAAUUUCAAAGUUUCCCUGAAUAUAACAGGGGAGUGCGAUGAUGAACACGUCUUGAUGAGAAUCACCAAAGAUACCACCCCCAAGGAAGCAGCGGAUGAAUGUGACAAAAUCGCUGAGUGUAAAUUCAUAGUAUUUAAUUAUAACAGAAAGUUAGGUCAUGAGAAGGCACAAGGUGAUAGGGCAACCCUUUGUUCAGUACCUCCUAAGGGCAGAGUAAAAAAGAUGGGCUUUCUAAUAGCCGGAAAGGAUUAUGAAGAGGCGCAUCUUUCAUUUAAGAAAAAGGAGCGUAAAAGGAAAUUGCUAAGCCCAAAUCUGGAAUCGAUCGGAGGAUCAAUAACCCCUGAUUGUCAUCAUUACAAUUUCAAGAAGGGAGAAAUUGUUCCUGCGAGUCGAAUAUAUUCAUAA